CCACGGACCCUGAAGGCAGCGGGAUACUUACAGUGGAGUCUCGCGCCGCAGCUAUGGUUAGUUGGACCAUGUAAAGAUGGCGGAGCUGCAGAUGCUGCUGGAGGAGGAGAUUCCUGCGGGACGGAGAGCCUUACUGGACAGCUUCACCAACCUAGAGAGAGUCGCCGAGUACUGCGAGAGCAACUAUGUCCAGUCCACAGACAAGCAGCGAGCGCUGGAGGAAACCAAGAGCUACACCACCCAGUCUCUGGCCAGCGUGGCCUACCUCAUCAACACGCUGGCCAACAACGUGCUGCAGAUGCUGGACAUCCAGGCCUCGCAGCUCCGUCGCAUGGAGAGCUCCGUCAACCACAUCUCACAGACCGUCGACAUUCACAAGGAGAAGGUGGCUCGACGGGAGAUCGGCAUCCUGACCACCAACAAAAACACAACACGCUCCCAUAAAAUCGUUGCUCCGGCGAAUCCCGAGAGGCCGGUGCGUUACAUCAGGAAGCCCAUCGACUACAGCGUGCUGGACGAUAUUGGACACGGAGUCAAGUGGUUGUUGAGGUUCAAGGUGAACGGCCAGCAGAAUAUGAAGCUAGGAGGAGGUCUGUCCAGGUCCAACCCUCCCACCCAGAAACCGCCCAGCCCUCCGAGGGCAGGAAAGGGCAUCUUAGGGAAAAACUCCCCCUACAGGACUCUGGAGCCAGUGCGCCCCCCUGUGGUGCCCAAUGAUUAUGUCUCCAGCCCCACCAGAAACAGUAUGGCCGUCGGACAGCUUCCGAGUCCGGCCCGCACCGCCACCCUCAACCACCGACCCCGAACGUACAGUGGCAGCAGUGGAGGCAGCCAUCCCAGCAGCAGCAGUCGCAGCAGCAGCAGAGAGAACAGCGGCAGCGGCAGCGUUGGCAUCCCCAUCGCUGUGCCAACGCCCUCCCCACCCUCCACCUUCCCAGUUUCCCCGACUACUGGACCAGCUAGCUCGUCCUCCACAGCUCCUAACUCCUCCCCCUCGCCUUCACCGACUCCUUCCUCCUUCUCCUCCUCUUCCUCCACCACCACCCUAACACAACCCAAUGCUCCUUUGCCGCCAAACUCACCCUCACAACACGCCGACUCGUCUCCUCAGCAAAGCUCGCGAUCGAACGCACCAAACGCCUCCCCGCCCUCUAACCCCUCCCCCAGCCCCGCCGACGUCCAGUCAGAACUGUCUCCUCUCCUUCCUCCCGCCCCUCCUCCUCCACUGUCCUCCUCUUCCUCCUCCUCAUCACCUGCUGAAGGCCCCAUCGUCCCUCAGUUCUACAGCAUGAACCGUCCUCAGCCUCGACAGCAGACUCCUCAGGUGGGCGGGUCUCUGCCGUACCGCCGCCCCCCCUCUGUGACCGGCCAGCCAAUCGCAACGCAGAAUCAGGUCAAUGGUGGUCCCUACUACAACCAGAGCCCAGCCUCCCCUCCACCUCCGUCCCUCCUCCAGUUCACUCCUCAGCUUCCUCUCAUGGGUUUCGUCGCUCGAGUUCAGGAAUCCAUUUCAGACGCUCCUCCUCCUCCUCAUCCAGCCACCGAGAGCCAAUCAGGACCUGAGGAGCCUGUUUCGACACCUGAGCCUUUACAGGACGGACACGAAGAGGAGGACUCGGCAGUGGUGGAGUAUAAUGAUCCAUACGCUGAGGAAGACCCGCCGUGGGCCCCAAGAAACUACCUGGAGAAAGUGGUGGCCAUCUACGACUACACGGCCGACAAGGAGGACGAGCUGUCGUUCCAGGAGGGAGCCAUCAUCUACGUGAUCAAGAAGAACGAGGACGGCUGGUACGAGGGAGUGAUGAACGCCACCACCGGCCUCUUCCCAGGGAACUACGUGGAGUCCAUCAUGCACUACGCCGACUGAGGAAAAGCUCUGAACCGGAGGGAAAAGUUCGACUUUUAUAUUUGGUUCCUUUAGAUUCUCACUAACAGUCACGAGCAAAUCCGAGCUCGUGGAGAUAAAUCAACACUUUAUUGAUAAUAGUAUUGUUUACUGGACAGAAGUUUUGUUAUUUUACCCAUAAGGCUUUGGGGUUCUUUGGUGUUUCACGUUGUUCUGAAGACUACGUCAACAUUAAGCCGGCUGCAUUUUAAGACUGCUUCAAGACUGCUUUUUGCGCAACUAUAUUUCAAUUUCAGCUCCAAAAAAGUAUAAAUCUGGCAAAGGUUUGUUCCUGGUUUAAGUGAUUCUACAAAGCUCAGCUUUUCCUCCUCAUUCAGGGCUGAAAGGGAGAGAAAAAGCCACUUUUUUUAAUCUUGCUGGCUUAAUGAUGGCGUAAUCUUUUCGUUAUUUGGUGGAUUUUAUGUCUUGAGUUUGACCGGCGUCGCCACACGUCCAGGUUUGUUUUGAUGGUUGUUUUUUAACUUUUUUUUAGGCGUCCUCUGGCACUUCAAACUGGUCCAAAGUCAGUUUAUAACCUUACAGAUGAUGCAGUUUAUCAAGAAGCAAUAUUAAAGCCUGUAUCCAUUGUUUAAACCAGCUUAAACAGCAAUAACCCCGAGCAAAAACACAAACCUUGGAGGUAAUAAAACAUUUUCUGUUGCACAACAGGGUCCCAAAUCAAUCGACUAAAAUAAUCUUAUGGUGUCCAGUGUUAAUGUGUUUGUGUAGAAAGAUGGAAUUUAAAAUUUCAGUUUUCUUCUGAUCACAACAAAUGUAUUUUAAGAUCGUGACAGAAGUUUAAAACCACCAGAUAAGUGGUUGAGAUGCUCAUAAUUCACAGAAAGGCUGCUAAAAAUCGCAGAACUUUCCUGAGAUUCAUUCGAUUUUUACGUUUCAAAAGAAAUUUAGUGAAACAGGAAGUGCUAACUGCUAAUUUUGCUUGACUUCUAAUGAGUUAGUCAAAAUAUGUUUGGGCCUUGUGUGGUUUUUAUAGUACAGAUAUUCAUCCUGAAUUUAAAAAGUGUGCACAAAAAGGCAAAAAUAUCUCCUCUAAAACACAUACAGUGAAGAUUAAUGGCCUUUCUAAGUAAAAAGUCCAUAUUUUGAAUUAAAAAUACUCAACAUUCAUGUAUGACUUUACAAAACUAGAGCUCAAAGUGCUGAGAAAGACUUUUCUGUGAUCAAAAAAUCAGUCGGAAGCUUUUAUUUAAUAGUAGUUUAAUAGUAAUUUCAUGCUCACAGAUAAAGAAACUUUUUCAUGUUUUUAUCAAGAUUUUUUGUGAUCAGAAUUUAGAAUUCAUUUAACCAUUGCCUUAACAAAAACCUUCGACAUUCCUGUUUCCUCGUGAGCUUAAUUUUCUUUUUUUUUCUGUCAGCAAAUUAAAAAAUCUAAUGAGAUAAGCCGGAGAUAAAAUAAAGACACUACGGAGCUUUACGUUAACGAAGCUGCAGCAGCAGGAAGCAGAGAGAAGUCAGUGAAGGUGUUUUUUAGUUUCUGCUGAUUUGUUAGUUGAGAGGAAGUGAUGGUGGGUAAAUAUCUUUAGCUUCCCUACUGUCACACUUUUUUCUGUGUUUUCUGCUAGAAAAGAAAGACAGAAGGAUGAAAUGGUCACUAAAUAUUCAACUCUUUCUCUAUCAGAAAAGAGGAGGAUGAGUUAUUUUUUGAAUCAAUAUUGAUAGUGUGAAGAUUUUACUGGAAAAUUAACCGACUUUACUGGUUAGUUUUCCUUCCAGUUAGUUCAAUUUUACAAUAAAUCAGUACUCAUCUGAACCUCUGAUUUCAACUUUAAAUCAGACAAGGGUUUUUUUUAGUCAAAACUUUAGUUUAUGCGCAAACAUCGAACUUUGACUGAUUUCGGUACAAAAACAAGUAAAAUCACCAUUAAAGAAAAAAUCAACACAAACAUCUGGCUGAGUUUUAAGCUACACAAAUAUUGAAGUACAAAUAUUUGUGGUUCUGAUCUUUCUUUCUUUCUUUCUUUCAGGUUUAUUUGAAAAAGGACAGCGUGCAGUUACAUUAAAAAGAUGGCUGCACCAGAUUUAGCAUCAUGCUAAUUUCCAUCUGUAGUCUGAACACGACACUACAAAUGUAAAACACAGUAACUCUCUAUGAGUUUAAACUCUCUACUAAAUAGAAAAUAUAUGAAUUUAAAUACAUUUUAAGUCAAAAUUAGGUCUGUGCAUCGCUGCUUGCUUCUCUCUGCUGCAGAAAUGCAGCUAAAUAUAUAGAAAUACGGAUAAAUAUGGCUCUAAAUUUGUAGAAAGGCAUCAAAUUGCACAUUUAAAGCCUUCAGACAGCUCAGUAAAUAGUAAACUGAUGAGUUAUUUGAUUUAAAUGAGCUGAUUAAUGGCACUAGGACAGGAAACAUUUUUCCUUUGAGCUAGAAUCUAAAAAUAACAGUAAUACUCCAGUUAAAGUGGAUAAGUAGUAGGUAGAUAAUGAAAGCACAGUGCACUUGUUACUCGUUCUGUAAGUUCAUGGCGGUUAUUUUUGUAGAUUUUAAAGCAAUCAGCCCAAAAAGACCCUAAAAUGAAAGAGCUGCAGCCUUUCCAGCCUGAAAGCUUUAUUCUAAAUGAGUAUUUUUUCCUUUGAAAACUGAAAAACCUCAUCUUCGGUAUUUAUUUCAAUGAAAAACACAACAGAAAAAGUUGUUUUUGUUUGUGUUUUCUUUCCAUUUUGGCCGUUUUUAUUAAAUACCGUUGCAGAAAUACCAGAAUCCACCUUUUAAAUGUGAAAACGGUCAAACAAAAAGUGGAAAUUUAAAUUAAUUCAUGUAAAACGGAACCAAAUUUAACAUAUUCUCACAUUUGCCACCAGGAUCAGACCAGGCUUUGAUCCUCCCUGAUUUAUUGAUCUCUAAUCCCAGGUAUUCUUAUUCUGAUCAGUUUAACCCAGUCUGACCUCUGAGCCGGUUUUCUUUAGUUCUUCGUGGUUUCGUGCAGUGAAGUGGACCCGAGCCAGUCGCCGGGUGGAGAUUCUGGACCUGUUGCCAGUGUUUGAAGUUUACAGUGUGUUUGCCUGCAUGCCUGACAUAUAUCGGACAUUUUUACUCACCGUGUUUCAUAUUCUUCAUGCUCGCUGGUUUAUUUUGUUCUUCAGUUUCACCGACUUGCUUUAGUCCGUCUGUUUGAGCAGCUGGAGGUUUGUGAUGUUUUAACGCCCUUUAAACCAAGCCCUGCCGCUCAGACAGAGACGGAGGAUAUUUUUGUGCCAUACGUGUGUGUGUGUGUGUGUGUGUGUGUGUGUGUGUGUGUGUGUGUGUGUGUGUGUGUGUGUGUGUGUGUGUGUGUGGUGUGUGUGUGUGUGUGUGUGUGUGUGUGUGUGUGUGUGUGUGUGUGUGUGUGUGUGUGUGUGUGUGUGUGUGUGUGUGUGUGUGUGUGUGUGUGUGUGUGUGUACCAAACCUUCCCUUGUCGACUGAAGUGACUCUGGACCUGAAACAGUGUUUCCUCGUUGUACAGUUGUUAUUUAAGAGGCGUUUUACAGCAAAAACCAGAGUUUGCCAAAUCAGCGCUCCUUUGAAGUUUGUACUGAAAAUUACUGAUUCAAUCACCUUAGAGGGAAUUUGAUAUUUUUUGGCGCCAUUUGAGACGUUUCCAAAAGGCUCAAAAUAUUCCUGGAGCUCUAAAAGUCUCCUGAGUAAAAGAGCUGCAGCUGAUAUUAAUUUUCAUUUUGAAUAAAUUGGCUUAAUUUGCCAAAUAAUCGAUUAAAUGUUGGGGGGAUCUGAUAAAUCCUUUAUUACCCAGAACUUUGUUGUUGAAUAAUUGACAUUAAAUAGCGAAAAAAAUAAAUAAAAAUCUGAAUUUCCUACAUGCAGGAAACUUUUGUUACCAGAAGUUUGUUGUUGAAAUGACAGAAAAUCAGCUAGUAGUAAGUUUGUUGAAUAAUUAAUUGUUUGAAUCACUUGUUUUAUAACCCCCCCCCAAAAAAAGAGAUUCAUUUUUAUGAAUAAAUCUGCUUCAUUUGGAACAGCGUUGCUUUUAACUGACAACUGGGAAAGGAAAAUGUUUGAACUGUCUGGAGUCUUCCUGAGGAAGCAGAAAUGAAAAAACAGUCUCGACUUUUAAUCUAUCCACUGAUAUUGAACUGCCGCUCUGACUCUCUGCUCCUGUUUUCUUUGUCUUUUUGGUCUUUAAAAUCCUUCCUCAGUCUGGUUGACUCGUGUCCACGAGGUGAAAACAUCUUUUCCUUCCUCAGAUGUUGGCUAAAGAGCGAUGCUAUUCUCAAGUAAGAAACAACAAAAAGAACAUAUUCCAUCUCCUGCUUAAUUUGUCCAAUAAUAGAAUAAAUGUCCACAUAAUGACAGUAAAUAAUGAAAUAAAUGCCUUUUAAAAUUCCCCACAUUCAACAGGAGCUGAAACUUUCCCAGAAUGACUAAAUGUUUGUCCACAGUUAGAUCAAGACUGUCCAAAGUGACAUGAAAUUGUCCAAAAUGACAAGAAUGAACAAUUGUUGAAUGUCUUUUAAUAUCAGUCAUUUUAUUCAUGUAUAAUUGUGUAAACACAAAGUGCUUUCUAGACUGAAAUUAUAACAAAAUAAUGGAAAUAGAACCCAACUUACCCCCUUUGUAAAACACUUUAAAGCACGUAUGUGAAGAAAUGAACCCAAAAUAUAGCAAAAUCAGCACGGACUCUGUCCAUAAAACAGAUGAAAGUGUAAAGAAAUUGGUUCAAAUACAAAUAAAAUUGAGGAUUUUUUGUUUAAAGGCAUAAAAUGCAAAUAAAAGAAUUAAGCCAAGCAGUGAAAAAGUCAUCAGUGAAACACCUGCAGACUUCAGAGUGACUGAAUUCCUUCUUUGUCAAACUCUGCUUUUUGUCCUGCCUGCAGUAUCCCUUUAAAGUGUGGACUGAGACGUUUGAUUAUCUGUGAAAUGCUGCAGGUGGCUUCUCCGAGGCUGAUUUUUACCAGGAACCUGUAAUAAUUAAACUAGAGGUCUAUUCAGGUCCUAAUUAAACAGAAAAUAAUUGAUUUGUCUGGAAGAACUUUGUACCAGACGGUUGCUGCGUCUCAUUUUUACAUGAUUUACCUCUAAAAUCUUAUUCCUGCUUUGAAGAGAUUUCAGCUUUAACCUGCCAGUUUAUCAGAUGUUCCCUCCCAUCCGUCUGCAGGACGUUCCUGGUAGAACAUGAUGUCCGGAGAAGCUUUCUGCUUCCCAAAGUGAGCCACGACUGAAAGCACAUCGCUCUUUUGUAAGAAAGAAAACAAGUGAAAUUACUCAGUAAAUGUUUUAACAGCU